UUUAUUUCUCUAGAAAGCACCAGAAACUGCUUCUUCAUUCAAAUCUCCCGAUCCAAAACCCAGCCAGACAGCCAACCUUAUACCCCGUCUGAUAUGCCAAACCUCAAGCUAGACCUUAACUUCCCGUCCGAUGUAAUCACCGACAUCCUAUGCCAACUUCCGGUGAAGACGCUUCUACGGUUCAGAUGCGCAUCCAAGCGUUGGUGCUCCCAAAUAGACGAUCCAGAUUUCAUUAAGAUUCACCUUAGCCACUCCCUUGCCACCAAGUCCAAAUUCAGCCUCGUUCUCAAAAAAUGGUACCUCUACUCCGUUGAGCUCGAUUCGCUUCGCACCGCCACGGAACUCAAUCCCCCAUUGAAUGUGAUCUGGGGUAUAACCGACGUUUUUGGCUCUUGCAAUGGCUUGUUGGCUGUGUGUAACGCUGAAGAAGAAAUGGCUUUAUGGAACCCAUCAACGAGAAAACAACAGAUAUUGCCUGUUAUGCCGGUUGAGGCUCCUAAAGGUUAUAUAAAUGUUAAACCUCGUCGUUUUACUUUUUAUGGAUUUGGGCACGACCCCAUUAGCGAUGACUACAAGGUGGUGAGGAUGGUGCAGUUUGUUGGUGAUAAUGGGUUUUUCUCUGCUGAUGUUAAAGUUUAUAGCUUGAAGAGUAACUCUUGGAGAGGAAUCAAGGACAUACCCUAUUAUAUUCGUUAUCUGUUUCAGCUUGGUUACCUUCUUUUUUAUAGACGAGGGUAUGCUGCGCUUGCUGGUGGUGCUUUGCAUUGGGUGGUGCCUGGAGGGUUUGGAUGGUACUGUAUGAUUGUUGCUUUUGAUCUUGUAGCUGAGGAGUUUCGAAUUGUACCGCAGCCUGAUCAUGUCGAUGGCGGUUUUGUAAUGGAUCUGGGGGUCUUGGAAGGGCGCCUAUGCAUGAUUUGCAAUUACGGUAAUGAUUUUGUUGAUGUAUGGCUGAUGAAGGAAUAUGGAUUAAAGGAGUCUUGGACUAAAUUGUUUAAGGUUUCACAGUCAAGUUUGAACAGGGAUUUUGGACAGGUGAUGCCUUUAGCUUAUUCUAAGAGUGGUGACAAGGACAAGGUUCUUUUGGAAUUGGACAAGGAAAAGCUACUUUGGUAUGAUUUGAGGAGGAGGAGAGCCAAGACAGUGAGGAUUGAGGGGGCUCCAAAUUCAUUCAAUGCGGGUGUUUAUGUGGAAAGCCUUGUUCCCUUAGGUGGUGGUCGAAUGGAUGGGAAGACACAGCAACCAGCGUCAGAGGAAAAGAAGAAAAGCAAUAGAAAGAAGAUGGAUGAUUUUCUGUCAAAAGGCUUUAAACUGACUCUAUAAGCAAACAGGAGGAGGAAAAUGGGCACAAAGUGAAAAGUGGUAAAGCAACAAACUUUUCCAUUUCAAUUAAGGAUUACUAGAUUUAGUUUAUCUUACCUCAUUAAUAGUUUAAGCUGACAAUUUGUUUUAAAAGAGGCAGAUAUAAGUUGUUUGACAUAACAAGUACAUUGUUUUCUAGAGGACUGACAAUUUCUUUGUCAUUUUCCUUGAUUCAUACUAGUUGUUCUUUCAUUUUUUUUAACCCUCGGAAUUGAUAAAGGAAGUCACAGGUUGCACUUAAAAAUAUGAGUGUGUCCCAGGGAAAAAGUUUGUUGUAGAAUCUCAUGUGUCUUGUUUAUAAUUAGCUCUAGUAAUAUUUCGUUCUAUCUUCGAUUA